UUUGGAGUUGUAAGAGCGGCUACAAACCCUUUCUUUUUUCGCCGUCGGACGAUCCUCUUCUUCUAUUUGCGGCGUCGCUGUCACUUUCUUCAAUUUAUGGAAGAUAAACAACAUCCCAGUCCUGCUGACGUGGCAGAUGCCUUCGUGAAGCAGUUUUACGUGAUACUCAAUCAAUGUCCUGAGAAUCUCCAUAAGUUUUACCAAGAGUCGAGCCUGCAAGGCUGGGCUGAGGCGGAUGGUUCUCUGAGGCCUGUGACAACCUUAAGUGGAAUAAGUGAAAGGGUCAUGUCUUCCGAUUACAAGUAUUGCUCGGUGGAGGCCAAAACUACAGACGCCCAAGAAUCUAUGCAGGGAGGGAUCAUUGUUGCUGUAACUGGUUGCUUGACCAGAAAGGAUAAUAAUGUGAAAUGCAAUUUUAGUCAGACUUUUUUCUUGGCAAAACAGGAAAAAGGAUUCUUCGUCUUGAAUGAUAUUCUUCGGCUUUCUGAUGUGUCUGAGUCAGCAACUAAGGCUGCUGUGACUACGGAUUCUGCUUUGUGCAACGUUUAUGAUGGCAAUACAGCCUUAAACUUCAAAGCAGCGAUUCAAAAUAGGAAAGUUGAGGAAGCAUCAGUUCUUCCUGUCUCACCGAAAAAGCUUGCAAAUGGUACUGCUGUUGCUCCUUCAACACCUUCUAUUAUUCCUUCAGUUGAAAAAAAAGCUGCUUCACUGCCAAAAGGUGCAACACCACUGACAGUUGAUGCACCUACUACAAAUGAAAAAGUGAACUCAGCUGUCAAACCGGCUACAACUGAGAAAAUUCCCUCAGAUGUCACACGUGCUUUAAAUGUAGCCCCGAAAAUCACUUAUGCUUCUGUGCUUGCAAAGGAGAUUCCGGCUAUUUCUCCUAGAGUCGCGGCAGCUAUUCCAAAUGUUAGCAAACAUGCAGUGGCAUCGCCGACGGCUAGACCAUCAUCUCCUCGUGAUGGCAUUUCACCGAAGGCAUCAGCACCUCCUAGUGGCGGCGUGUCUUCCUCAAGCAAUGUUGCACCUAAGUCUCCAAGAGGCGGCCAACGCGUACCUAGUACUAGUGCCUAUCCAGAAGCUAAAGGUAUAUAUAUUGGCGGAUUACCUUAUGACAUUACUAAAGAAGGAAUUGUUGACGUUGUUAAACAAUUCGGGCAAGUUAACACAUCUUCUGACACUGUUCAGAUCAGAAGACACGAGGAUGGCUUCUGCUGCGGAUUCGUGGAAUUUGAGUCUGCAGAUUCUGCACGUCGUGCAGUGGAGGCGCAUCAUGUGAUGUUCGGACUUAAGGAGGCCUAUAUCAUGUACAAGAAACCUUAUAAUCGAGGUAACAACGUUAGAGCGAGGUCGCCAAGGCGGCAAGGGCCGCGCUGUGUAGCAGAGAAUGGAGAUUGGAUUAACUACAAUCAGCGGCCGAGGCAGGCCAGUCGAGAUCGCCAGCAUUGAUUUAUCACCAUUUGAUAUCAUAUGCUUAUAGAGACUCAUUCAUUCCUUAUGGUGCAACACAUCAUUAAACUAGUUCUACAAUCUUUUGAACAAUUUUAUUUUUAUUGCAAUAAGUUGGCAAUAUUUGAUUGAAUUUGUUCCCAAUUUUGUGAUAGAGACACAGAAAAUAUGUUGAUGGAUAUUUGGGCUCAUUUUGAGCUAUUCAUGAUUGUGGGAGGAUUUGGUGCGUUCA